UAAAAUUUUAGUGCAACUACAACCACCAAAAAAAUGAAGUCACAUCCAUCAACAAGCAAAGCAAAGUCACCAACCAAAGCACUAACCAUCUUGAACCACCCUCUUACUCCUGAAACCCCUUAAACAAGGAAUCUAACAACAAACACCAACCCAAAUAAAACCCCAAAAGCUCAUCUCUCAAAUCCCAAUUGCCAUUUACACAUACAACCCAAAAAAAUAUUACAUAAAAUGGCAAUGUCUAAAGCUUUUCGUAAAAUAUCUUACGCUUCCUCAAUUAAUCUUCUUCGUCCUCUCUCCAAUGGCUCUUCCCUCCAUUACAUGUCGUCUUUGCCAAAUCAAGCAGUUGGUGAUAGGGAGGAUCCGCGCGUUACGUGGAUUAAGCAGUUGAAUGCGCCACUUGAAGAAAUCGAUCCAGAGAUUGCUGACAUUAUUGAGCUUGAGAAAGCUAGGCAAUGGAAGGGUCUUGAGCUUAUCCCUUCAGAGAAUUUUACAUCACUCUCAGUGAUGCAAGCAGUUGGAUCAGUAAUGACCAACAAAUACAGUGAAGGGUAUCCUGGUGCUAGAUACUAUGGAGGAAAUGAGUAUAUUGACAUGGCAGAGAGAUUGUGUCAAAAACGUGCACUGGAAGCUUUUAAAUUGGAUCCUACCAAAUGGGGAGUCAAUGUUCAGUCGCUGUCUGGAUCUCCUUCAAACUUUCAAGUGUACACUGCUUUAUUAAAGCCUCAUGAGAGAAUUAUGGCACUAGAUCUUCCUCACGGUGGACAUCUUUCUCAUGGUUAUCAGACUGACACCAAGAAGAUUUCUGCUGUGUCUAUCUUUUUCGAGACCAUGCCCUACAGAUUGGAUGAGAGCACAGGUUAUAUUGAUUAUGAACAGCUGGAGAAAAGUGCAACACUCUUCCGACCAAAGUUGAUUGUUGCUGGUGCAAGUGCUUAUGCCCGCUUAUAUGAUUAUGCAUGUAUCCGCAAGGUUUGUGACAAGCAAAAAGCUAUUCUCUUGGCAGACAUGGCCCAUAUCAGUGGCUUGGUUGCUGCUGGAGUCAUCCCUUCUCCUUUUGAGUAUGCAGACGUUGUUACCACCACAACUCACAAGUCGCUACGUGGGCCACGUGGGGCGAUGAUUUUCUUCAGAAAAGGAGUGAAGGAGAUAAACAAAAAAGGAGAAGAAGUGAUGUAUGACUAUGAAGAUAAAAUCAACCAAGCUGUUUUCCCUGGACUUCAAGGUGGCCCCCACAAUCACACAAUUUCUGGCUUAGCUGUUGCACUGAAACAGGUCAUGACACCAGAAUACAAGGCAUACCAAGAGCAAGUUCUUAGCAAUUGCUCCAAGUUUGCUGAGAGUUUGCUGGCAGUGGGAUAUGAUCUUGUAUCUGGUGGAACUGAGAAUCAUCUGGUGCUGGUGAACUUAAGAAAUAUGGGUAUUGAUGGAUCUAGAGUUGAGAAGGUUUUAGAGUCGGUGCAUAUUGCAGCCAAUAAGAACACUGUGCCCGGUGAUGUAUCUGCCAUGGUGCCUGGUGGCAUUCGCAUGGGAACCCCAGCUCUCACUUCUAGGGGAUUUGUUGAGGAGGAUUUUGUAAAAGUGGCUGAAUUUUUUGAUGCUGCUGUAAAGUUGGCCCUUAGGGUCAAGGCUGAGACCAAAGGAACGAAGUUGAAGGACUUUGUGGCAACAUUGAGUUCAGACUCCAAAAUUCAAUCUGAGAUUUCAAAGCUAAGGCAGGAUGUUGAGGAAUAUGCCAAACAAUUUCCUACUAUUGGUUUCGAGAAAGAAACAAUGAAAUACAAGGAUUGAGCCGGGAUCUAGUGUUGAGGUACUUCUGUUGCCUUAACGUUUCUCCCAAAAGAAAAAAAGAGUUUUUUCCGUUUAUCUUUUUUUCUGUUUAUUAUACCAGAAUGUAAAAUCAUGUAUUUUAAGUUUCUAACAAUGGGUCCAUUUACUUAACCAUUUGAGGGUUCCUUUUCCUUCACAUUCUGAAAUUUUGCUGUCGCUGGCUCUUUAAAAUGUUUCAUUUGCAAGAUGAUUGCCUUUUUAGUUCUA